GACCUUGAGCCGUACGCUUCUGCACGAAAGUUCUACAAGGAAGAUGUGAGAAUCAGAAUAUGUAGGAGACAGCAGUGUUGCAUUUUUCGCGUAGCGGAGCAGAGACUCUCGCUACGCAUUGAUGAGCUUUGCCAGGCUUGUGUAGAUAUGGAUGCUUCAAGAUGAAUGAAAGCCGCACCUCAUUACCACCUGACUUUGCUCGCCGCCCACGGGCUCCCUGGCACUCUCUCACCGAUUGCUGCGAUCCAACAAUCCACUCCUACGUUAUGGUCUCUUCCUCUUCCACUCUCUUACUCCUCCUCUUGCUGUCAGAACAGGAGAGAGGGAAGGAAAGAGACGACGUCUAUGGCCCCCAAACAAAUAUCUUAUACUCGUAACACUGUAUACUGUAUACAAUGGAUCAAGAGAAUGUCAGCGACAAGCAGCUACAUGAAAUGGAGAUGACAGUGCGCUAUAACUUUUUCCUCAGCUAAAAUGCCCUUAUACUUUUAUCGCGAUCUCUCUGUCAUAUGAACGAACCUGAACGAGCUAGUAAGCCC